AAAAAAUCCGUAUAUUCACAUGUAGUCAGACAAGCGCUGCAUACGAGAGAUCAGAAGAAUCUGUGGCAUCGUAUCACAUAGAAGAGGGCAAGAAAGAGAUACUGGUAAAGGGUACGGAUCAGAUUUGCUUCCGCUCACCGCGCAUCCAGACUUCGUGGACCGCCCACUUCUCCGCUUUACCUCCCCCGUCGACUCGAGCACGGAAGAAACGCGCAUGAUGGAUCUUAUCUGCCAUCCGGACGCUGCAUUCUCUCAAAAUCUGUGCACCUUCGGCAGGAUCCGUCACGUCGAAACAGGAGAGUUCGCCCGCGGAGGCGUUCUCCCAAACUCGGCCGUCGAUUGACGCCUCGAACGCACAAUCAGAAAGAACGCCCUCAGUCGCCGUAUCGACGAGCCAAGCCAUCUCAGUUGUAGACCAGAAGGGUUCGAUGUCCUCCAACAUGUCCAAUACGAUGGAGUCUCCGUUCUUAGCACUUUCUGGACUACGGAACACCGUUUCGGGGCGGCCGUCCACGGCAAAAGAGGGUGGGAAGCUCACAUAGUGCUGCUCUGCGUCUGUGUCAAUCGCUGCCAAGUUGCGUUUCUCAAGAGAGAGGAUGUCUGAGGCCGAGUCGACAGAGUGAGUGACUGUCCCCGGCAGGAGAGAUAUUGUGGUCUCGAGGACACACGGUCGACCGACACACGGCGUGCGAACGGUCGUGUCUAAGAAGUUUGGCGCGGCGCGCUCGAAGGACACAUACGGAUAGUCGCUGUGCCUGCCUUCCAAUUGCAGACAGGGGGGUCUGUCGCACUGCACAAGUGAGUCGAGGUACCCGGCCGCUUGCAGGAUGUGCUUCCUGUUCCGUUCCUCUCCCGCCGAGCCAACAGUAAAGGCCUGGCCCCCACCGAGUUCGAUGCCCUGAUCAAACCAAGCCUCGGGGAUUUCGUUCCUUAGGAUGCUAAAAUAGUUGUCGGCCAUUUUCAGCUCGUCGGCGGUGACAUGUAGAUGAUCAGCAUCGAGAAGAUGGAGAAAGGCGGUGGCAAGGGAGCGGUGAAUGAUGCUGCCAUAGCCCAGCCAGGCGAAGGACGUGUGCACAUGGGAAGAUGCGCUCUGGGUGAUGGCGCGAAGGGAGCUGGUGAGGUGCUCGUGCGGCGGAAGGAGGUAGAUGGCCGUCGAUUUCCUGCUUUCGGCAAUACGGGAUGAAACAGCUCGGACGAUUUCGGGAAGUAUGAGAUAGUCAUCAUCUUGUAUAAAACAGUGCGCUGUGCUUGCUUGGGAGCAUGCUAUGAACCUGGCAUGGAAGUAAAGGUUGUCCGGCGAGUUGAAGACCCUAAGUUUGCUCUCAGGACACGUGGUGUUCACAAAGUCCUGCCCGCGCAGUCGACAAAUCAGCACUCGAAACAAAGGGGAUUGCCCACAUGAUAUGAGAUCGCCUUGGG